UUCAGUUUUAGCUUAGAAAUUACGAAGAAGCAUUUUUGUUGUCCAGAACUCAAAAGGCUCUUAAGAGAAACACCAAUGAGUAUGAAAUUAGCGUGUGGAGUGGGUUUCAGUUUGGCACUAUUGCUGUGUAUUAUUCAGUUGGCAAUAGCAAAGGCACCCAUUGCAAAGCCCAACUGUACAGACCUUUGCGGAGAUAUAGAGAUUCCAUUCCCAUUCGGAAUGGAUAACAAGGAUUGCUAUUUAAACGAAUGGUUCGAGAUUAAGUGCAACCAAAGUGGAGCUUUUCUAAAUAAAAUCAAUAUGGAGCUCCUCAAUAUUUCUGUACGUGGCAGGGCUAACGUCAAAAGUCCAAUAAUGUCGUCCAAUUGUUUGGGCAUGGAGACUGAUCAUCUGCUGCCGCUCAAUUUGAUAGGAAGUCCUUUCUUUAUUUCCGACUACAACAUAUUCACUGCAGUAGCUUGUGAUACUCGUGCUUUAAUGAUAGAUAAUCCCCUCCAACGCCUCGGGUGUGAGUCAAAAUGCCUUCUUCGGAAGGAUGUUGAUUGGCGAGAAAAGCUUUCUAAAAUCGUAAACGGUUCCUCUGGAAAUUACUGGAUCACGGAAGAUUAUUGUGAUGGUAUCGAUUGCUGUCAGAUUACAAUACCUUCAUCCCUUCAGGUUUUUAAUCCAAGUUUCCAGGCUAUAGAUGUUAAUCGGGGCACAGGUGGUUGCAAGCUGGCAUUUCUAGCAGGAUUAUAUGAUGGAGAAUCCUGGACGAAAAAUGAUUCAAAUAUGCAGUUUCCGAUGGUACUAGAUUGGAUGGUCAAAAUGAACCGAACGGAAAGUCAUAAUUGGAUGGUCGAUUCCGGGCUAUGGAACGGUCGUUACUCGGAAAUAAUGUAUUGCUACUACAGUUCUGGUUCUGCUUUUAUUAAUCAGGGAAUAUUCCGUUGUCGUUGCGGUGGCGGGUAUGAAGGCAGCCCUUACAUUGGAUGCACCGAUAUUGAUGAAUGCAAAGAUUCAAAACAUAGUCGUUGCAAGGGAAUAACAAAAUGUGUAAAUAUUUCGGGAUCAUAUAAAUGUGUAGCUGAUGCAAAAUGGAUCGUAUUGUUGUGCUUAGGUGGGGUUAUUGGAGUAUUGCUAAUAGGCUUUGGUGCUUGGAGGUUGAACAAGCUUAUAAAGAAAAGGAGGAGCAUUGAACUCAAAAAACAUUUUUUUAAACGGAAUGGUGGCUUGCUGUUACAACAACAAAUAACUUCAAGCAAUGGCAGUGUUCAGAAAACAAAAAUAUUUACAUCAAAAGAGUUGGAAAAGGCCACUGAUCGUUUCAAUCAAAACAGGAUACUUGGUCAAGGUGGUCAAGGCACAGUGUACAAGGGAAUGCUAGAUGAUGGAAGAAUUGUUGCUGUCAAAAUGUCCAAAUUAGUUGAUGAGGAAAACCUACAAGAAUUUAUCAAUGAAGUUGUGAUUCUUUCUCAAAUCAAUCACAGGAAUGUUGUUAGGCUGUUGGGAUGUUGCUUGGAAACCGAAGUUCCUCUGCUAGUCUAUGAAUUCAUACCCAAUGGAUCUCUUUUCGAAUACCUCCAUGACCCAAAUGUUGAGACUUCAUUGCCUUGGGAAAUGAGAGUACGGAUUGCUGGUGAAAUUGCAGGGGCUCUUGCAUAUUUGCACUCAGCAGCUUCUAUUCCAGUUUACCAUCGUGACAUCAAGUCCACUAAUAUACUACUGGAUGAGAAACACAGAGCAAAAGUUUCAGAUUUUGGAACUUCAAGAUCAAUUGCCAUUGAUCAAACUCAUUUGACAACUCAUGUGCACGGCACUUUUGGUUAUUUAGAUCCAGAGUACUUUCAGUCCAGCCAAUUUACAGAUAAGAGUGAUGUUUACAGUUUUGGAGUGGUUCUGGUAGAGCUUUUAAGCGGAAAAAAGCCGAUUUGCUCAAGUAGCUCGCAAGAAACCAUGAGUUUGGCUACAUAUUUUAUUUUUUUGAUGGAAGAGAAUAGACUUUUUGACAUUGUUGAUGUUCGUAUUAUGGAGGAUUGCCACAAAGAAGAAAUUGCUGCAGUAGCUAAUCUAGCACUAAGAUGCUUAAAUUUGAAUGGGAAGAAACGACCUGCAAUGGUGGAAGUUGCGAUAGAAUUGGAAAGGAUUCGAGCAUCACCAAAUACUGAGUUGAAUGUUCAGCGAAACACUGAAGAUGCUGAAGAGGUUGCUGAAGUAAUAAUGUUGGUCAUGGAUGAUGUUCCUACUUCAGUUACUAAUGGUGAUCUUAAUAGUGUUGAAGAACCAUUGAUUGCUAGCACAACUUGAUGAUCAAGAAGAUAAAACUUCUGUUGAAAGGUUUUCUUUUCUUUUUCCCCUUAAAGACUAGUUUAAGUC